GAUAAGAUAUAGAUUAUAAAACUUAGAUAAUGAACAAAAGGCCAAUGAUGUAUUGUACAUAUUCGUUGAUAGUGUUAUUAUUUGUGUAGUGUAAAAAUGUAUACAAAAAUACUUUUCUUACUUCUGUUUGCUUGUGUUAUUGGAAAAUCUGCAGGUCAAUUCCGAUGUUACGCAUGCGGUUUCUCAUCUGUCGACACCGACACAUCCUGUUUGGUGGUGACCAACACUACACGGAGAGUGGACUGUCGGUACAGAUACUGCACAAUCAUGCGGCAAGAAUUCAUUGACCCUUCAGGAGUCGUGGCCAGUUUUAUUCGUGGUUGUGAAGAUGAUCCAGCUUAUCUAAAUCAUGAAGUAACGGACACUACAUUUCGAACUUUUUUUAGAGCUUGCACCAACGACCUUUGUAAUAUCGGUAACGGAAUAGAGUCAGUGAUGGGAGGAGCACUGUUCCCGAAUCCACCAUCUAAUGGCCUAAAUCUACUUGUACCAGGAACAGGGACUAACAGUGCAACUGUAAAACAUAUUAAUUUACUUCUAUUCCUAAAUGUUAUGUGUCUUAUUUAUGCAAAAAUAUAA